UCCCAAAAUUCAAAUCCUUUUACCUAUAAAUACUCUCACUCACUUCUUCCUUCAUCAUCAUCGUCGUCAUUUCUCUUUCUAACCCAAAUUAAAUUUUGUUUCUCUCUCUCUCUCUCUUCAAAUCCCUUUCACCAUAACCCACAACUAUGUCCACUGCCGGUCAGGUCAUCAAAUGCAAAGCUGCUGUGGCUUGGGAGGCCGGAAAGCCACUUGUCAUUGAAGAAGUUGAAGUGGCACCACCGCAAGCUAAUGAAGUCCGAUUGAAGAUCCUUUUCACGUCUCUCUGUCAUACCGAUGUUUAUUUCUGGGAAGCCAAGGGACAAACCCCAUUGUUUCCUCGUAUUUUUGGACAUGAGGCUGGAGGAAUUGUUGAGAGUGUUGGAGAAGGAGUGAAAGAUCUUCAACCAGGAGAUCAUGUUCUUCCUAUUUUCACUGGUGAAUGUGGGGAUUGUAGUCAUUGUCAAUCUGAAGAAAGCAAUAUGUGUGAUCUUCUUCGAAUCAAUACCGAUCGUGGAGUUAUGAUCAGUGAUGGCAAAACUAGAUUCUCCAAAAAUGGACAACCCAUUCAUCAUUUUGUUGGAACCUCCACUUUUAGUGAAUACACUGUUGUUCAUGUUGGUUGCUUGGCUAAGAUCAACCCUGCUGCCCCUCUUGACAAAGUUUGUGUUCUUAGCUGCGGCAUUUCCACAGGCCUUGGUGCCACUUUGAAUGUUGCAAAGCCUAAAAAGGGUCAAUCUGUUGCGAUCUUCGGACUUGGAGCUGUUGGACUUGCUGCUGCUGAAGGAGCAAGAAUUGCUGGUGCGUCUAGGAUCAUUGGUGUUGAUCUGAACCCGGCUCGAUUCGAAGAAGCAAAGAAAUUUGGUUGCAAUGAAUUUGUGAAUCCAAAGGAUCACAACAAGCCAGUUCAAGAGGUGAUUGCUGAGAUGACGAACGGAGGAGUUGACCGAAGCGUCGAGUGUACGGGAAGCAUCCAAGCAAUGAUCGCAGCAUUUGAAUGCGUUCACGAUGGGUGGGGUGUUGCUGUUCUUGUGGGAGUCCCAAACAAAGACGAUGCAUUCAAAACUCAUCCUAUGAAUUUCCUUAACGAAAGAACUCUAAAGGGUACAUUCUUCGGCAACUACAAACCCCGAACCGACAUUCCGGGGGUGGUCGAGAAGUACUUGAACAAGGAGCUGGAAUUGGAGAAGUUCAUUACACAUACAGUGUCAUUUUCUGAGAUCAACAAGGCGUUUGAUUACAUGCUGAAAGGGGAGUCGAUUCGAUGCAUUAUUAGAAUGGAUAAUUGAAAUAAUAACUGUGGGAUGAGAUGAAAAUAAGGGAAUAAGAUUAUGUGGUGAUUGAAAGAGGCUGGAGAGUUCUGUUUUUCCUUAUUUCUUUCUAAGUUUGUGUUUGAUGUUUUCUGAGAGUGGAAUGUUCGCGAUAGUGUUAUCGCCUUUUUGUCAAUUUCAUCCAACUCUUGAAAUAUUGUAGUCAUAUUAUAAUCGAAAA